ACAGAGAGUGAAGAAGCCGGAAAAUGUAUCCCUACUCCGGCCACGUUAAUGGCUCUGGCGUGGGCGGCUCCUACUACGAGAAGCGGUCUGGAACCGUCCAGAAGGGUCGGCCCCGCCGGAGAAGAGGUAGCAGGUCCUACCAUAGCGGCGGAGCGACGGUUUCCGGAAACGAGCAGCCGAAGCAAGCAGAGGGACCUCUUUGUACUGAAUUUGACAUGGACUACUUCCGUUCUUACUCCCACGUUGGGGUUCACGAAGCAAUGAUCAAGGUUGUAAUGGAUGUUGGCUGUGGCACUGGAAUUCUCUCCAUAUUUUGUGCUCAGGCCGGCGCAAGGCGGGUUUAUGCAGUUGAUGCUAGUGGCAUAGCACUGCAGGCCUUAGACAUUGUUGAGGCUAAUAAUUUAUCGGACAAAAUCAUUGUAUUGCAUAAUAGAGUUGAGGAUGUUCGAAUUGAUGAUGGUGUGGAUGUUAUAAUUUCUGAGUGGAUGGGAUAUAUGCUCUUGUACGAGAGCAUGCUUGGAAGUAUAAUUUACGCCAGAGAUCGGUGGUUAAAACCUGGAGGCCUUAUACUACCAUCAAGUGCAACGUUGUACAUGGCACCUGUCACUCAAAGUGAUAGAUACGGUGAGAGCAUUGAUUUCUGGCGCAGUGUAUAUGGAAUUGAUAGUAAAGUAUGUAGACUGCUAUACAGUGUCAAGUGGCGAGCUUGAGUUUGUCACAAAAAGUUACAAGUUCAAGUCAAUGAUGCGAGCUCCCUUGCAUGGUUUUGCAUUCUGGUUUGAUGUGGAGUUUUAUGGGCCUGCUACUGCCAUGCAUCGUCUAAUGCCAUUGCACCCUGAUGAU